CCCCCGAACUCCCCGUCGACACACAAACUCACAACAGUCAUGCUCGCCGGUAAACAGCGCGAUUUUCUCGAGCUCAAUCGCGAGCUCGAGGACAAAGUCAAGAGUCUGGUGCAGGAGGUCGACGGCAUCAUCAACAGGCAGGAGGACGUCAUCAGGCACGGCAGACGCUCGGCCGACAUACACCAGGCGCGUCGGGGCCUUUUGAGGGCCAAGCAGCGCUCCGAUAGCAACUCUGGCGAUAAUAACGAGGAAAACGACGACGGCAACGACAACGUCGACGACGACGCCGAUGGGACGGGAGGGAAAAGUCGCUCGACCAGUGCUACCAUCAUACGAUUUCUCAAGGCGCAGGUGACGAAACUCCAGACGGACGUGCAAGCGGCUCAACUCGACGCCAGGAAAAAGAACGACGUGAUCAAGGAGCUCGAAGCCGAGAUCAAGCGCAACGACGAGAAAAAAGAGAAGCUCUACGCGCAGAUAAGCCAGCACAAGGAGACCAUCGUCCGGGCGGAGGGCCACAAUGCCGAACUUCAGGCCAAGCUUCAGGCCCAGUCGGCCGAGAUGUCGGCGCUGCGCAAGGACAUCGAGGCGCUCAAGAAAGAGUCCAAGUCGCUCGCUCAGCUGGCCUCGAGCAGCGAGGUGCGCCUCAACAGGAGCCUCGAGGAAAUCGACAAGCUGAAAAACGCAUUGAAGGCCAGUCAGAGCGAGGAAAAGGAGUUGCGAGCUCAGGUGAGAAAGAUCCAAGAAGACAAAAGACUCGCGUUCAAGAACUCGGAAAAGCAACGCGCUGAAAUCGUUCAGGCUUUCAAGAAACAAACGCAGCUCGUCGAUAAUCUCCGGAAACAGAAGGCCUAUUUGGAAGCCGCCAAAGCGAUUCAAUUCACGGAGGAUGACUUUACGAGACUGCUCGAGUGGAAACCCGAUAAAUGAGAACUUUAACAACUUACCGCAAAAUAUCCUUGUAUCUUUCGAUCUAGUUUUUACAUUUUUUAUCCCGCUGUGCGUCGCGGUUUCGUGACUUAUUU